CAGUGCGUGAUCGGUGCUCAAACUUGCAACUUGUGCCUCCGGUAAAAGAGGCAGACAGACAGUGGCCGAUAGUGCAAACGUCGGGCGAUUAUAAAUUGGUAUAUAGUGCUAUAGUGGUAUAGUAGUAAUUCUCAACGAAACAAUAAAUAAUCAGCACGGGCGUGUAGUGAUAAGCAUACGUUCCACAAUCCCUUGAAUUUGCUCUUAUCACCAACCGAAAGUUGGCUUUUUCGACUAUAUAAAGAGAACUCUCUUAACCAUGCAGCCAGUUCUGGAAUUAAGCAUUUACACUUUGCUAAGGAUGGCGUUCAUUUGGCAGCUAAUCUCCGCGGCAAUCUAUAUAGUGGGUUCGCUUAGUAUCCUAGCGUUCCUUUACGACAAUUUAAAGUCCUUGAUCAGUAUCAUCAAGGCUGUCCUGGAACCCUUCUUCCAGCCGCAGUUACCAAAGACUUUGGUGGAAAAGUUUGGACAAUGGGCAGUGGUGACUGGUGCCACCGAUGGCAUUGGAAAGGAAUAUGCCAGGGAGCUGGCUCGACAGGGUCUCAAUCUGGUGCUCAUCUCGCGGACGAAGGAGAAGUUGAUUGCCGUCACCAAUGAGAUUGAAAGCCAGUACAAAGUAAAGACCAAGUGGAUUGCUGUGGACUUUGCCAAGGGACGUGAGAUCUAUGAUCAGAUUGAAAAGGAACUGGCCGGAAUUGAUGUUGGCAUUUUGGUCAACAAUGUGGGCAUGAUGUACGAGCACCCGGAGACCUUUGACCUGGUUUCGGAGGACCUGCUUUGGGAUCUUCUCACCGUCAACAUGGGAUCGGUUACCAUGCUAACCCGCAAGAUCGUGCCCCAGAUGAUUGGCCGCAAGAAGGGAGCCAUUGUCAACCUGGGAUCCACCUCGGAACUCCAGCCCCUGCCCAAUAUGACCGUCUAUGCAGCAAGCAAGAAGUUCAUAACCUACUUUUCCAAGGCCCUGGAAUUGGAGCUGGCCGAGCAUAAUAUCCAUGUGCAACUAGUUUUACCCGGUUUUGUGACAACUAAAAUGAACGCCUACUCCGAUCGGGUGAUGGAGGGUGGUCUGUUCUUCCCCAAUGCUUAUACUUUUGCCCGUUCCGCCGUUUUUACUCUGGGAAAAACGAACGAGACGAAUGGUUUCUGGACUCAUGGAAUUCAGUAUGCCUUCAUGAAGCUAGCUCCCCUUCCUAUUCGCUCCUACUUGGGGUACCAACUAUUCAAGCGAUUGAGAAUCGAGGCUCUCGAGCAAAAACAAAAGAAACUGAAGAUUUGUUAAGCCUUUCAGCUAAGUUAGGAGUCAUGUAAAUAUAUGGUUCUUAGUCAUAAGACUUUAAACAUUUAACUAUAAAAAAAAAAACAAUUUUGUACAAAGCCAUGAAGAAAUAAAAAAAUAUAAAAACAAAAGAUAAAGGCACGAC